AUGCGCUCUGUCUUUGCCUCACUUGCACUCGCGCUCGCCCCUCGCCUUCUCACAUACACACAAACACUGGCGCCACGGCCGCCGCACGCGCUCGCCGACUCGCGCCUGCCCGCAUCUCCCCCCUCCGCACCAAAGCCUGCACCAGCUCCAGGCAUCGCCGCCCUCCCGGCGUCCCCAACCCGGGCGCGCACUGCUCCACGCGCCCCUCGCCCACCGCCAGCCUGGCUUCUCCCAGUGGGUGCUCACCCGAGCGCCUUGGACUCUGCGACGCGCUCCGAAUCCAGUCUGGAGACAGGGUUUUCCUUCCCCGCCACACUUCCUACUCUCCUCUUUCCCGGUGCGCAGAGGGUCGGACUCUAG